AUGGCGGAGCUUAUCAUGCAGAUCACCACUGGCUUUUGGGCUUCGAAGGCCCUCCACGCAGUGGUCGAAUUGGGCGUCGCCGACGCCAUUCACAACCAGGGCGGUCGGGCUUCGGCUGAGGAGAUCGCGGCUGUGGUUCCCGACGUGGACCCACGAGCCCUGUUCCGCGUGCUCCGCUUCGUGGCCGGCCUGGGCGUGCUCGACAUGCACUACACCGGGUCCGACGACGACGUGGACUACCACAAGACCUUCACGUUUGGGCUGAACGACACCACCCAACUGCUCCGUAGCGACGUGCCCAACUCUAUGCGCUCGGCAGUCCUGCUCGAGGCCAGCCACGCCCACUACACGGCGUGGUCGGGAUUCCUGCAGACGGUGAGGACCGGCCAGCCCUCGGUCAAGCACACCCUGGGCGCUGACUCGCUGUGGUCCUACAUUGAGGGCAACCCGCGACAGCAGCAGAUCUUCAACGCGGCCAUGACCAGCUACACCUCCCUUGAGAUCGACGCCGUGCUGGCCUGCUACGACUUCGCCGGCAUCACCUCCCUCGUCGACAUCGGCGGCAGCCUGGGCAGGCAUGGCCACCUGUACGACCUGCCCGACGUUGUGGCGGACGCGGUGGUGCCGGACGACCUCAAGGACCGGGUCGAGGUCCACGGCGGCAGCUUUCUCGAUGAGAGCUCCAACAUCCCGGCCGGCGCCGACGCCUACAUCAUGAAACACAUCAUCCACGACUGGGACGACCAGAAGUCGGAGGUGAUCUUGAAGGCGACGAGAAAGGCGAUGCCGGACCACGCCAAGGUGCUGCUCGUGGAGUACACCGUGCCCAUGGGCUCACAACCGUGCUUUGCCAAAGCCAUUGAUCUUCACAUGAUGACGAUGCUGGGCGCCAAGGAGAGAACCAAGGCCGAGUUCACAGCCCUCUUCCGCACUGCGGGCCUCGAGCUGACGCAGGUGGCCGGCGCCGAGGGCGGGGUCAACGUCAUCGAAGCCCGUCUGCCAUCGCACUGA